AUGCCGUUCCGGAAAUACCGAGCCAUCACAGACUUCAGCAAGAACAAUACAAGGAUUUUCAAGAGAAUCUACAGGAACAAGUUGCACGAGAAUGCCCCCGAAUUCAGAGUGCCAGAACAAGUCCGGGCAAUGGGUGUGACCGUCUGGGACCCGAAUGAUAAACAAUUCCCUUACGUCCAUUACGCGAAGAAAUAUGGGAUAAAGGAAGAAAUAACUCCAGAUGGCGCCGUCACGGAUCCGUUUGCGCAAGCUUCAGAGGAUCCGAAUUAUAAGACCGACGCGUGCUACCUGUUUGAGGGAAGUGAGCCACUGUCGGAUGGCUUGACACAGGCAGCUUCGCUUGCCCACGCGGUACUUGUUGAGGAGCUCCCCGAGCGCGUCCUGAAAGGCGUUAGCGGCUACAAUUUCGAUGCGCAGAAGGUUACUGAUCAUAUCCUGCACGCCGAGAAGUACGAUCCCACCCUGGAGAAGUUGCCGCGGCGCUUUGAUCCCGUCAUCUUUUGGAACCCACAUCCGCGCGUAUUCGGCACCCCCGUGGUCAAAAGAAACAACAUUAUGCUGGACAAUUUCUUCCGCUAUGUAUUUCUCUCCGCCAUUGAGAAAGGUGCGAAGGCAGACAGAUUCAAGUUCGACCGUGAUACCUACAUUACUGCCACUCUACGAGCCGCCAGAUUCCAUACGCAACCAAUGGUUCUGCGAUUCCAGCCACACAUUGUUGCGCAGUCGGCGGCGGUACCACCACCCUGGGCAAAGGAUGGAGACCUGACUGAACUUAUGAAACUGCCGGUUCAAAGCUGCGCCCCAGUCGAUCCGGUGAUCGACCUGACUCGCGAGCACGUCUACAAUGAUGGUGCUCAUCUGGCGCGACAAGAUCAACCGAUCCGCCUCAACACCCUGAUGUGGUCGCGUGAACAAGAUCAGAAAUAUCCAUGGACAAAGGAACAAAAUGCUGCCAACGCCGUGUUGCAUACUUUCGGCGCAGCUGUUGCCCAGGCGAAACGAGGGAAAGAUGUGGAAGACUUGAAAGAGCCUGUUCUGGUAAAAGGCGUACAGCUGGUCGAUGGCCUGAUGGAUUUGGUCGCGGUCCAGUUGAACACUUUGGAUAUUCGGCCGGAUAAUCCGACCAAAAAUGUCGUCUGGAUAGAGAAAGGUGUUCGACUUUACCGACCGAAGCCCUUCUAUGAACCCAUGGUUGAAGUCGAAGAGCUGAACAUGGACACUUUCGAUAAAUUCGCGGCCGUGCUGCUUUCC